GUGAAAUUUUAUAUCUGCGUACUCCUGUGUAACCACAGCCCACACCGAGGUAUUUUCAGCACCAGGCAGAUCCCUCCAUAUCGUCCACAGUGAUCUUCUCCAGGGCAACCUAUAGGUACAUUGGCCUGUGCUUAGAGCUUCCUAGACAAGUCCUCCCUUGUUUCAUUUUUUGACAGUGUUGCUCUAGCUGGGCACUGCACUCAGCAGGGGAGGGCUGGGCACUUCCUUACCCUUAGUAGGCAGUGGUGUGACUCAGUACAGGGUUUGCAUCACCUAUUAACUUUUGUGGCUGUGUAACACGGAGACAAUGGCCAUGUCAACUUGGGAGUGUUACGAGGAUCAGUAUCUGUACAAUGCUUCAUGUAAAUCUUUGUGAUAAACAGCUCUAUAUUCAGGGCUGGCUCCAGUAGGAAAUCAUCAAAUACCUAUCUUAAACUGUCUGCUUGUGGGAUAGAUUUCUUCUGUUGGACGCUGUAUCCGUGUGUAGGCAACUUUAAAGGGGUAAAGAUUCAGUAUGGCUCCCAGUUUCUGUCUAUGGUACUUAGCUCCUGUUAUUCUAGGCUGGCGGUGAGGCGGAACACUAAGGCCAUGGUAACCUGUGGAGGAGAAAGCUGCGGAGAGAAAGGGAUACAGGACGGGGCCAGGGUAAGAGAGAGUCUCCAAGGACACACCCCGGCCUUCUCCAACGAGGCUCUGCUUACUCUUCGCCACCUCGUAAUAAUGCCAUCAUAUUGUGACUACAUGAGAGCAUUAAUUCACUGGUUAGGGCAGAGCCCCCAGGAUCCAAUCUCUCCCGAAAAGGCCAUCAGCUGACAGACAGCCAAGGUCCCCAGCACAUGAGCCCACAGAGGGCAUUUGAGAUUCAAAGCACUACUUGGCACCCCCAGAACUUCAUUUUAGGAAUAAAGUUGCGCGGCUUAGGAGAUCUGCAAGAUUUCUUGGACCUUCUGGAAUUAAAUACUGCGCCUCUGGUUUGUUUCCUCUGAUUUUUAGCAGCCCGAGUCACAGGAAGAUUUGUGGGCAAAUGGGUCAGCACGUUGUUCUUUCUCAGUAUAGCGCCUUCAUUUCAGUACAGCGUUUACUUAGCAAGCGCCAAGCUCCGUCAUUCAUGUUCCGUUUGUACCUCGCUCUCUCUCCAGGUGAGGCCCAGUCUCUAGGGCAAUCUCACCGUGGCGCCAUCUCCCUUUCAGGAGCAUCCAUUUCAGGAUCUGCGGCGGUCCCUUUAAGGCCCUGGAAAGGGCCGGCUCGUCGGUUGGGCGGAAAGGCCACGCCCCCGUCACGUGUCCUUGGUGCCAUUGGGCGGAGCCAGAGCCUCUAAGUUGCCGUCACUUCCGGCUCUCUGUCAGUCCGGAGCGAGCGAGCCAGCUAGAGGCUGUUGGACGGCAGGAGCGGAGCAAUGCCUAAAUCAAAGGAACUUGUUUCUUCAAGCUCUUCAGGCAGUGAUUCUGACAGCGAGGUUGAAAAAAAGUUAAAGAGGAAAAAGCAAGUUGUUCCAGAAAAACCUGUGAAGAAGCAGAAGCCUGGUGAGACUUCUAGAGCUUUGGCAUCUUCCAAGCAGAGUAGCAGCAGCAGAGAUGAUAACAUGUUUCAGAUUGGGAAGAUGAGAUACGUCAGUGUUCGGGACUUUAAAGGAAAAAUUCUAAUUGAUAUUAGAGAAUAUUGGAUGGACUCAGAAGGUGAAAUGAAACCAGGGAGAAAAGGUAUUUCUUUAAACAUGGAGCAAUGGAGCCAACUGAAGGAACAGAUCUCGGACAUAGAUGAUGCAGUAAGAAAACUGUAAAAUCUGAGCCAUAUCAAACCUGUACUGUUGUAGUUGUUUUAAUCUGUCUUUUUACAUUGGCUUUUGUUUUCUAAAUGUUGUUUUCCAAGCUGUUGUAUAUUUGGAUUGCAGAACAAUUUGUAAGGUGAAUACUUUUUUUUAAUGUGCAUUAUUAAAAUGUUCUGAGUGAAGCUAAAUGUCAUCUUUAUUAAAGAGAAUUGCAUUGUGCCCUCUACCUAGUGUAAAAUAAAGUCAGAUCAUUACAAUCUUAACUGUUGUAGCCUUUUUUGAUCAAAAGACUAGUUACUGUUUAAGGCCAAAAGAACAACCUUUACAGGCACAUAAUUGAUGCGGCCUUUACAUUCAGAAGGAUUUGUAUUGCAUUGAGCUUCUUAGAGGAUUGCUUUGUGAAGUGCAUACUCAGUCUCUUCCUUUCUAACUAAAUUUGUUGAAUUUUCCUCUCCACAACAAUACUUUUUCUUCCGUUUUCCUAAUAACUUACUAUUUCAUGUUCAAUUUUUACAUCACUCUUUACUUGGAUAUAUUAUGCUGGUUUGGAAAGUCAAACUGUCAUUGUUAGUCUACUGUGUUAAAUCUUAGCAGAUAGUUGUGGUAACAUGGCUUGUAUGAGAACUCCAAGCAAGUGUAUGUCAUUACUCAUAGCUCUGUGUAGGUGUUGCUUAGUCUACAGAACAUAGUGACUUGAUGUCUGAUGAGCUUUCACUUAGUAAACGUAUUCACACUGGGAUGGUGUCUGUAAAGUCAGAUGUUAAACUAGAUUAGACUUUAGUAAAAUUGUGAAACUUCCUGGCCUACUAUUCUAAUGAAUGUGGAUUAUAUGUGGACAUGUCACUGAGCUUUACUGUCUUGGUAGGUUAUGUGGACAAUUUUAAAGACUUGGCUGUUUUAAUCUGGACAAGAGACUUCUAGACUUCAUGCUAACUAAGUUUGAUGGACACUGUUCAUUGGUUUUCAUUUUAACCACAAUGAUAGACAGGCACAGAUUUCAGGACUAUUGCUCUAGUGAAUAGGGCAGUGUUCCUUAGAGAAAGAGUGCCUACGAAGAAACUUCACCACACUGAAGGGACCUGGCCUGUGAUGAGAAAGGGAUUUUCUUGAAAUUAAAUGGUGCACAUGAUAUUUGGUGACAACAGUAUGACAGUGCUAGGUAGAACAAUAAGUAACAAGGAUGGUUUAAAGACAUGUAAAUUCUAACUGCCAGUACGCGCUGCCAUAUCAGAAUUGCAUUAUCUUAUUACCAGGUUUGGUUCCCAUUGUCUGAACAUUUUAUAGAAUUGUCAAGGAUUGAAUUUAAAAAUCCAUCUGCCUGGCCUCAUAUGAUUAACCUGUCCUCCCACAGAUACUCUUUAGGUAACUUUUUAGUGUGUUAGUUAUUGCAAAUUGAUAAAUCUCACUUAUUUCUCCUUGAUAGGUACCAAAGUGUUAAAGAAAUAUUGUAUAUAUACCUUACUCAUUCUUGAGGGAUACGAUACUCUCCUUAUUUGGAACAUAACAUGUGCUACAUUUAACAUUUAACAUUAGUUUUGUAAAGUAUUAUUUUGCCAUUUAGAGAAAGGGUAGUUAGAACAUAAAACCUCAAUUUUAGUGUAGUUUAGAUAAAGAGGGAAUAAUAGGUAAAUUUCCUAGGCCAUGAAUUCAGGAGUGUAUUUCAGCCAUCUGCUUUGUAGAGAUGGUGCUGUCAUCUGUUUGUUACCUAGGCAUUACUAGUUACUUAGCAUAAUAAAAUCUCCAUGCAGAAAGCUUUCUUUGGCAUAAUUUGUUAAGGUUGAUAGCUAAAUUCAUUCACUAAUGUUACAGAGUAGGUAGUAUACAAGAGUUCUUGGACUUUUUCUUUAUGUGUGUAGAAAAGGAGAUUUAGGUUAAAAGAGUAGAGGCUAACUCAGACUGAGAGGAAAGGGUCCAGUCUUUCUAUUUUGUGGUCAGACUCCUAUCUCCUCAGUAAGUGUCUUAGUUUCUUUUCUGUUGCUGUGACGAAGAGCCCUGUCAAAAGCAACAUGAGGGAGAAAGGGAUCACUGACUCACAGUUCCGGUUACAGACCAAUUUUCAAAGAGUCACAAUGGCAGGAGCUCCAGACAUCUGGACACAUUGCAUCCACAGUCCGGAAGCUGAGAGCAGUGAAUGCAUGCUCAGUUCCCUUUCCUUUUCAUUUAGUCUUUGGCUUAGCCCAUGAACUGGUGCAGUCCACAGUGGGCAGGUCUUUCCACCUCAAAGCAAUCAAUGUAAUGCUCCAGACAUACCUAGAGGCCCAUCUUCUAUAUGAUUCUAGAUUCUGUUAAGUUGGCAAUUAACACUGACUAUCAUAGUAAGAUUUCCCCCAGGAAGAAGACUUGAUAUUUAAAGCAUAAGUAUCUUAUUUGUUUUAUAAUACUGAAAUAAUUAGUAUCUGCCCUCAGGUUUUGCCCUUUAAUAUGCUCAGUAGCAAGGCUUCCAAAUGGGUUUUCCUCUUUAUCUUUUAGAGUAAAGCAGCCUUUGGCUAAUUUCUAGUGCCCUUGGCAUUUCAUUUAAUCAAAUCACUGAAAAAGAAAAACUAUAUUUUGUUUUGCCUCACAAAUGCUAAAACCUUGAGAAAUACUACCUCAUUACCUAGUCAAGAUCCUGGGAUAACAAUCUAUUCUGUAUAAUAUCUGAGAGACAGCAACUUAGGGAACAUCAUGGAGGAAAAUGCAUCCUGGCCUGGCUACAGAGGGAAGGAGAAGGGACUGAACAUUUAUGUAAGUGUUCCUGACAGGAAUGUUAGCACAGUGCUUGCCAUAAAAGCUUGAAAAUCUUAAGAACCGUUGAGUUAUAUUUAGGUAUCUCUUCUGGAAUUCUUUGUGGUUCACUUUUUGUGGGAACUAAUGUAGUGAAAUACUAAAAAUAAUUUUUUUUUGAAGAAAGGUGUUUUUCCAGAUAAAUUGUAGUGUAAAACAUGCAUAUAGUGAGAAGUAUGUAAUUCUAUAAUUGUGGAAUGCCUGUAUGCUUUGUUUGGUACAUCUUCCAUGGAGGUGUCAAUGAACCUAAUACUCCACCUGUGAAUAUUUUAAAUGUUGAAAUAAAAACAAGAAAUGUA